AUGAGGAACCUCGUAAAGAUUGUCCUUGUGCUUUCUAUCAUUUCUCUCCUCCUAACAUCAGCAGUUGCUCCUCCAAGCGGCGGCGGCGGCGGAGGAGGAGGAGGAAGAGGUGGCGGUGGAAGUGGCGGUGGAGGUAAAGGUGGCGGUGGCAGUGGCAGUGGCGGUGGAGGUAAAGGUGGCGGCGGUGGUGGCAGUGGAAAAUCUGGUGGCGGUUCCAAAGGUAGUGGUGGCGGAGUAAAGGGAGGUGGUGGCUCAAACAAUAGAGGAACAAGUCCUGGAGGCGGCGGUGGUGGCAGCGGCGGCGGUGGAAGAAAUAUUGGAGGAAACAGUGGGGUUCGGCCGUUACCUCGCGGUUAUCCGGCAAGCAGUAGUUCAUCUACUUCUUUAGGUUGGUCUUGUAUCGCCAUGUCUUUAUUUGCUUACCUUUCAUUUCUUAAUUUUUAA